AUGGAGAAUAAAUUUUUAUGUUUUUUAGGUAUUGACAAUACGUCAUCCAAUUUAUCAUCAACAUCAUCACCAACUUCACCAACAAUAGAAUCAAAAAAAAAUGAAACAAUUAACCUGCAAGCUGAAUUUUUGUGUACCAUAGAAAAAAAAUACACGAAUUCUACGCAUGAAGUUUUGACUGCAACCCUACAUAAAAGCAAAUGGGAUUAUUACAGUGAUGGUGUCGCGAAACACUUACUAGAUGACAGCAUCGCUGAAGAGUUUGUACCAAUUGACGAUGUCGAAACACCCAGCUUGUUGCCACAACAACCAAAUAAAACAUGGACACUUGCUGGAUCAAAGGGAGCCUCUAUCAAAGUUCAAUUAUCUGCUGAACUAAUCGCCAUAGAAUUUGGUUCUUAUUAUAUUAACACUACAAAAGUUGAGUUGCCAAAUGUGAAUGAAACACACGUGACUGGUGAUUGUGAUGGAGAAAUUAGAAAUAUGAAAAUUUCAUGGAAAUCAUUUGAUACCUUAAACAACAAUUCGAUUGAUAUGUCUUUUAAAAAACUAGAUAAUGUUUACAAUUUACACAGAAUAAAUAUGACGGUAUUUUCACAAAAUGUUACGAAUUUGGCGAGUCAUGACCUAAUCAACAAAAAUAUCUCAGAUUGCAAUGGAAUUAACGAAACAUGUAAUUAUAACAUUACUGUUAAAACAAUUAAGAUGAUAGACAAUCAUAGAAUCGCAGUUAAAUUAACGGUAUAUGACAUGGAGUUUCAUAUUACAGAAAACACCUAUGAAUUUGAAUAUACUCUAUUUGGAAUCUGUGCUGUAAUUGGAUUUGUCCUGGUGAUUCUGAUUGAACUUGCAAUUUACAAGAGCAUUAAAACACUAUCAUAA